AUGGCCGCGCUCCUGGGCAGCGUGUUGUUCAUUUACUUCACAUGUAUAUCAACUGUCCAGACUACUGACUGUCUGCAUUUGAGGGAGCAAUGCAUAAAUGCUGCAAAUGGAUGUGAGAGUGUCUGGAAUGUGGUUGAAGAUGCCUGCAAUAUUUCAGUUCUAGAUAAUAAAUGCAAGGCAGAAGACACUGUUGGAUGUAAUAGAAUAAUCCAGGUCCUGGCUGACAAAUACCCAGAAUUUAGAAACUGUGUCUGCACUACAGACGAUAUCUGUAGCAUCACAACUUUGCUUGGGAAACAGUGCAGCAUUGAUAAAGAGUAUUUGGAACCUUUCUCAAGGUCAGGCGCUGAACUGAGUAUUAGGCAGCAMAGAAACUCCAAAGACCGAAGGAGCUCUGGAGAAUUAGAGCCCGACUGCAGCCUUGCGAAGCAGCGCUGCCGAGAGGAGCCGCGCUGCUCUGCCGCCUACAGGAGCUUCCAGCGGGCGUGCCMGGCAGCAAACUGCAGGUUCCCCGUGCCUGGAGAGUGUUUGUUAGCCUGGAAAGAACUGAGGAAAACAGCCCUGGGGCAGUGCACGUGCUCAGAGCCCCUGCAGAUGAAGUGCAUUAAAAUAUGGAAGGGGAUAUUUAACAACCCCUGUUUGCAAUACUCUCUGGAGAGCCAAGCCUCAGCAGCUAGUGAAAAUGAUGACGACCAUGAUGACUAUAAUGGUGAUGUUGAUGGUGAGAAAAAUGUGGCCAUUGACACAGAUUUGUGCUAUUCCAGCAAUAAUAUUAACACAGAAACAAAAUUACAGUGGGGUUUUUCUACUCUCUUCAAACAAGGGUACACAGCAAACAGGAGCUGUUUGGAUGUGAACAGGGAGUGUGUUGAAGAUGAAGUAUGUAACAAACAGUUGUCYCUGUACCUUAAAGUUUGCUCAGUAAAUAAGAAGUGCAACAUGGAAGAAUGUCAAGCAGCCAUAAGGUUUUUCUAUCGAAACAUGCCUUCUGAAGUUGCCCAAAUGAUGAUAUUUUGUGAUUGCAUCCAGCACGAUGAGUCUUGCUACAGAGCCAAAGAACUUCUCCAUGGCAAGCCCUGUGCAGUUACUGUAGUUUCACCCCCAUCAUGUCUGAAUGUAAUCCACAUGUGUGAAGAGAAUGAAUUGUGCAGGAAAAAAUACACAACUUUUCGGUCAAAGUGUUGGAGACACGUGACAARAAAAUGUUACAAUGAUGAAGGUUGUCUUGAAACUUUAAUCAAGGAUGACAUUCCCUGCUCUGCCAACGCCGAUUGCAAAGCAGCGUACAUCAGCAACUGGGGCACGGUGCUGCACACGGAGUGCACCUGCCACGAUUUGCCUCCCCUGGAGCAGCCCUUGUGUGAGCUCUUCCAUCACAUACUACACAGCAAAUCCUGCUUCAGUGACUUACGUCAAAUUUCUCUUCAGAAGAAGGGUUUUUACUGGAUGAAUACAAAAAUGCCAGGAGAAARGGUUUCUGGACCACAGCUCCAUUCUUCUGCGAUUAAUGGUGAAACUGUCUACAUUAUUGCUUACUCCUCCUGCAUAGCUCUCAUCCUAGGAAUAGUCCUGUUGACUCUCCUAAAGAUCAGAGCCUGCAGAACAAAAUAUGAGUCAAGAAGUCCCUCGCAAGACCAUUCUUCUGAAACAAUUAUGGCCCAUUAUAAAAGUCACAGAUGAACUACUCUGCUGCUUAUGCUUUUYAAGGCUAUUCCUGAAAGCUAGCCUGUUGUACAUAUGCGAUAAUAAAAUAUAUAUUAGAAAAACUACUAUAAAUUAUGGAAUUUUGUAGUUAUGCAUACAAAGUAUUUUUAUAUUUAUUAGCUCAUUUUAAACCUCACAAGCUGAAAAAAAGGGGGRAAAAAGGCAAAAACAUGCUUUCUCUUAUUUGUGUAGAUUCCCAGUUCUGUCCUGAGCUGCACAUUUCCUAUAUUUUUAGAUGCACAUGGCACUGGUAUCAAUGCUACAUCAACAGUGGCAAUCUUUGAAGCCCACCCUUCUGAUCUCAACUCAUCUGGAAGAAAUUAAAAAAAAAAAAUCCACUCAGAAAGAUUUUAGAGACCUGAUAAAGAGCACAGAUGUGACGGUUUUGUCCACCAGGCUCCCAGGUACCCAGUAUUCAAUGCAGUCUUUGUCAGGCAGCAGUCACAGAUAAGCUGCCCGUAGUUUGAUGGUGGAGCACGUGUAGGCUAGGAGGAGAUCAGGAUUACUACUCCUUUCAGAACUAAAAUGACUAUCUGGAAUAAUGUUUUGACUCCAAAAUAUUGUUGCUGAAACUGUGUUUAAUUUCUCCUCCAAUAUGCUCCUGAAAGAAAGGAGUGAGGUUUGCCACUUGAAUACAAUAACUUUAGAAAGCAUUUUUUGGUCUGAAUGCCCAGUGGAGAAAGACACUUGCUGGGGCCUGGAGUGCUUGAUUCUCAAGAAACGAUGACCCAUCUCAUCCCCUGUAUUUCCUAUUCAUUGUCUCUAGGCAAGACCCAAAAUGCCCAUUUGUCCCCUUGCACUGUGCUGGGAGUCAUGGUCCCUAAACACCAUUCUGGAUCCCACUCUGUGGCUGUGAGCUCUGGAUUUCUCUCUGUAGCUCAGUUGUUUUGGUAGAUUUCAGCUUGUAUUUACUGCCAGUGAGUUGUCUUUGUUAAAUCUUUGUAAMAGCCAGUUCUAGUGAGCACGGGAUAAUGGACUGCCAUUUCCUAUUCAGCUGUUACCAUGAAUAAAACAUAUAUUGUCUUGUUAUAAUAGCAUCUGAUUAAUUAACUUUAUUUUGAAUGGGAUUAAUUUCAAUUUUGUUUGAAAUCUCACUGAAUGCAACUCAGCUCCAGU